GGCCCCAUCCGCUGAUGUCACUUCCAUCUGGCUGCCCAUGUAUGUGUCCCGGCUCAACUGUGACAUCGACGUCGGCCUUUUGUUCCCUUCGUCUUUGGGGACUGCGGCUAAGGCAACCAGCUAGAGAAGGCUUCCUUCCUUGGACAGUCGUCAAAAGCAAGCGGGCUCCCGCUCCUGAUUACAAGCGCUUGCCCGUCAUUUUCCCUUCAGCGGGAGCCCCGCUAUGUUUUGCUGUUUUGAAGCUGCUAUCGAGUGGAUGGAAUUAAGCUGAAGGAAUUAAGCUUCAGUCAAGAGUAAGAAUAUGCGAGAAAAGAGAAAUGAUUCUGUAGACUUUGUCAAGGAUUUUCAAGAGUAUCUCACUCAGCAAACACAACAUGUAAACAUGAUUUCCGGUUCAGUGUGUAAUGAAAAGGAGCCAGAAUUACUUCAACCUGCAGCUGGGACUGAAAAUCAUCAAAAUGGAAUCCACCAUGCUUCUGUUGAAGUUUCUCUUGAUGAUGGCAGUGGAAUGAUAGGAGAAGGGCCAGAAAGAACGGUUGAUGGAAAGCUGAAGUGUCAGUACUGUAACUAUGCUAGCAAAGGGAUAGCACGACUGAUGGAGCACACCAGAAUGCACACAGGUGAGAAACCCCACAGAUGCCAUUUAUGUCCAUUUGCUUCAGCUUAUGAGCGUCACCUUGAAGCACAUAUGCGCUCGCAUAGAGGUGAAAAACCAUACAAAUGUGAGCUUUGCUCCUUUCGCUGCAGUGAUCAAAGUAAUUUAUCCCACCAUCGCAGGCGCAGGCAUAAACUACUUCCUCUGAAAGGACGCAGGACAUCACUGACCAAUAAGAGAAUGAUGGGAAUUUUGCAAAAAAAAUCCAGUUACUCCCUGAGUUAUGGAAGAAGACCUCUGAGUAAUUUCAGUCCUCCGAUGGUGGCGCAGAAGACAGAUUACCUUGAUGAAUUUUCUCAUAACAUCUCAGCUGAAUCUUAUGAGGGUCUGACAAAAGCACAGACUAGUGGAAUCUCAAGGGAUGUACAGGACAUGAUGGUGGAUAAUCCAUUAAACCAGCUGUCUGCUUUAGCCGGCCAGCUUUCCAGCCUUUCACAAGAUGACCAAACUCCAGCAUCUUCUGAUGUGAUAUGCAGGGAUGAGAAACCGUAUCUGAUACCACAGUCUAUAGCACCAAUAGUUACCACUGUAGUUUCUAGUGUGGCUCAGAGUUCAUCCAAUGCUAGCCCUGAUCGACAUCCUGUGCAUAAUCAAAGAACCUUCAGUCCUGUUCCAGGUCCAAAUAGUGAGCGUAGUGCUCACAUGAGCUCACCGUGCAUGACGAACAGCCAACCUAGCACCCCUGCUCCUCCGAUUCAAGUCCAGGACCCCCAGCUUCUGCAUCACUGCCAACACUGUGACAUGUAUUUUGCAGACAAUAUCCUUUACACUAUUCACAUGGGGUGCCAUGGUUAUGAGAAUCCAUUUCAGUGUAACAUAUGUGGAUGUAAAUGUAAAAACCAAUAUGAUUUUGCUUGUCAUUUUGCCAGGGGUCAGCAUAAGCAAACUUAAUGUUAUUUGUAUUAAUAAAGCUAUUAAAAAUUGA